UCCAUUCAGACAGAAGAGUUUGCACUUUGGCACCGUUCGGUUCGGACUUUUCUGCUGAGUUCGCGUAUUUUUUGCUCACCCGACGGGGCGCGUAAUGGCGGAAUAAGGGUUGCGGCUCUGUGUUUUUCUCCCUGUUUGUUGCAGAAUUUUGUGAAGUGAUUGGGCUAUAUUUUUCGAGGAGGUCCUUGCGGAAUCCUUAAAGUCAAUCUUGACGCGUACGGUUCGACUUUUGAUUGAGGUAAAAACCUCCGGAGUUUUUUUUUCGACAAGUCGAUUAAGUUGAGUGAGUUAAAGGUGUUCCGGAGUGCAGUGUACCUAAGAGAAGGAAGAGGAAGAGGAGCAACUUCGGGGGUUGAAUAGUGUGGUUUACAACAACACUGUAAAAGUUUGCAAACUUUUGCAGAUUUUCACUGGGAGAUUUUUCGUCUACGUUCACAAGCAGCCGAGUUAAAAUAAAAGUUGUUGGUCCCUUCCAUCGCCACCAUGGAACAACGGGUGGCGAUACUGCAGGACCUCAAGAUCCAAUCGUUCGAUUCCAUCCGGUUUGCCUCGUACCGAACGGCCUGUAAGCUGCGCUAUGUCCAAAAGUCCACCAAUUUGCACCUGGUGGACAUCUGGAACGUGAUCGAGGCGUUCCGGGAGAAUGGCCUCAACACCCUGGAGCACCAGAACGAGGUCAGCGUGAGCCGGCUGGAGACACUCGUUUCCUCGCUCUAUCACAAUCUGAACAAACGUCUUCCCCCCACGCAACAAGUUCCUGUCGAUUCCAAAGCUAGUCUACUGCUGAAUUGGCUGCUGGCAGCCUACUCCGGGGACAACUCCGGCAAGAUCCGGGUAUUCUCCAUUAAGGUCGCCCUGGCCAUCAUGUGUUCGGGGAAAAUGGUCGAUAAGUUAAGAUAUAUCUUUUCACAAAUUUCCGAUGGAGCGGGUCAGCUAAUUCACUGGAAGUUGGGGGAUUUUCUGCGGGAGGUCCUCGCACUACCGGCGGCCGUUUUUGAAUCUCCAACAUUCCAUUACAAAGAGGGACUGGAAAGUGAAAUCUUCCCUGUCGAGAAUAAAAUCACCGUGAACGAUUUUAUGGCCGUCCUGAUGGCGGAACCUGGACCAGCUUGUCUCGUUUGGUUACCCCUGCUACACCGACUUGCUACCGUCGAAGCCGUGGUACAUCCAACGAUCUGCUCGGUUUGUCUGAGGGAAAACUUUACCGGUUUCCGGUAUCGGUGCCAGCGAUGUCAUGCCUAUCAGCUGUGUCAGGAUUGCUUCUGGCAGGGCCGGGUCUCGUUGAACCAUCAGAACGAUCACGAGGUAAAAGAGUAUUCUAGUUACAAGAGUCCUAGCAAACAGAUCGGACACUCGCUGCGGAAAAGCUUCCGCUGUGUGCCGGAGAAACCGAACCAGGUGCUACCGAGGUUCCCGGAACAGCCGGAAAAGACGCUGAACCUGUCCCACAUUGUGCCACCCUCGCCACUUCCAUCACACAAUGGGUUCUCCGAUGGGGGAAUGAUCCCGGGGAUGUACGAUCGUAGCAGUACCUUGGAUUCGAGGGGCACUGGAUUGUCGCUGGACAGUAAUGGGACCUCGUUGACGCGAGGUGGCGGUGGCGGGGCGAAUUCGAACGAUGAAGAGCACAGGCUUAUCGCGAGGUAUGCCGCGAGACUCGCUCAGGAAAGUCGAACGCCCGGUGGCUCCGCCCCGGAUCCGGUGCAGAUCGGCCUGGACAGUUCCCGGGCCCAGCGGGAACUCAUAAUGCAGCUCGAAUCCAAAAACAAAGAAAUCAUGCGCGAAAUCCAAAAACUCCGCCGGCAGCAGGAAUCGGAACAGGUUGCGCCCGAAAGUCCGGCCCUCAUGAGUGAACUGCGAGCCCUGCGGCAACGGAAGGGCGAACUGGAAGGUCAUCUCGGAGCAUUACAGGACUCUCGACGGCAGCUCAUGGGCCAACUUGAAGGUCUAAUGCGGAUGCUUAAGAACCACCAAACCCAGAGCCCUCGCUCCACGCCCAAUUCUAGUCCACGGUCCGGCAAAAGUCCGCCACUUCCACAAGGUCCGCAAAUUCCGAAUCAACUCCGGGGGCCCGCGUUACCUCAGAAUGUGCCACCCCACCUGCAGCAGAGCAUUCUCCAGCAACAGCAGCAGGCCCUUCUCAUGAACAGUCAUCACCAGGAACCUCCGGGUAUGGGCCAUCCGCAUCCGAUGGACAUGCGAGGAUACGUUCCCAAUGGGAAUAACAAUGGCAUGCCCGGAAGUCGCCUGCCGUUGGGAGCAGUACCCGGAUUGGUACCGGGCAAUCGAAACGAUUUGCACUAUGCCGCCGAUUCGGUCUCGUCGGCGAUGAGCUCGCUAGUGCGCGAGCUCAACUCAGAGGAUUCCGACGAAGAGUAUGGCAUGCAACUUCAUGCCAGGCAGUUAGACUUUGACGAAAUGCAGAUGGUUGGUCACGAUUGGAGCGAUAAGGACAACGCACAGUGGCAGGAGCAGUUUGCCCAGUGGAGCCUCAACUCUCAGAACCACCAGUAAAGGGGGCCAAUAAACGUGUUCCAAAAGUACUGGAAACUCGAAACAGCGUGGCGGAUCCGGAUGCAGACGCAGACGAAGAGGAAGAAAGCGAAACCUUCAACUAAUUAGCAUCACGGCAAACCUAACCGAAUACCUAAAUAGGCAAAAAAUGCGUCACGACAUCACUCAUCUUCACAUCAAUUCUUCUAAAUCUAUUCUAAAACAAAAAACAUUCCAUAUUAGUGCAGCAGUGGUCGAAAGAAAUAAGCUUUAUCGAUAGCAUGAGUCAACAAAAAAAAAGUUUAAAAUACACAAAAUAGCUUAAUCAGAUUUUUCCGGCAAAUGGCAACCAUUCCAUAUCAAUAAAAAUAAUAGAAGUUAAACUAGACAGCAUACAAUUGAAAAACCACUUAAGAGAAACACAUCCCACACACACAAACACACAACUACAUAAUCGUCUUACUAAAACAAAAAACAAAAAGACGCACGCUCUUUUUUUUAAACUCAAAAUUAAGUAGUUUUGGUUCAAAACCGCACUUCAGUGGCAUCCCUCAACUUUGAGUUUGCCCAGGCAAUAGCAAAACUAAGUUCUGACAGGCAUACUCAAUACUAAGUUCGGCAGCCGAACUCGAAUUUAUCCUUUUUUUCGAGGGUAGCUUAUUUUCAGGGAAUUAAAGGAUGAUUAAAAUUUGUUGUACCCGGAUGUUGCUGUUGCAUUGCAAUUGCAGAGCGGUGACACUCCCAGUCAAAGAAAACUUCCGGAUGUUACUUCCUACGGGAAGUAAACAACAUCCGGAAGUUUCCGGACAUUCCAAGCCGCUCACCGUAUGAUGACAAUGACGGACAGAAUUUUACGCUGACACGGUGAUCAUGCAUUCCAUUAUGAAGUUCCUUCAUAGUCUUCCGGUAAUUGUUCCGGAACGACAAAAUUUGGCGACGUGUUCGUUGGUUGCUGUUCCAGUUCGAACUGAACUCGCUAAGUGUUUUCAGUCCAACAAAGAGAGUUCAAUUUCUAGUUCAUAAGGUCGAACUCAGCUUUGCUCCCUCGCCGAAGGAAAAAAAAGGAUCAAUUUUGAGUUCGCAGUUCGAACUCCAUUUUGAACAAUCGCAAGGAGGAAAAAGGGUACUUAACUUUAAGUUCAUGGAAUCGAACUAUGUUUUGAACCUCGGUCGUACUUAAUUUUGAGUUAAAAUAAAAGAGCGUGCGCGUUUAACGUGAGUGCUUUUUAGCGAGAAGGAGAGAUAAUGAAAGAAAUAAUCAAAUUGCUAAUCGAAUGCUUAACUCUCAUUCAAAAAUGUUUGAAACCUGAAAAAAAAUUGUAGCAAUAUUAUUUGUGCUGUUUCUUUAUCAUUAUUUUUUAUUUUUUUGGGAUAACUUGUCCCGGGAACACUGUUACGAGCACUCGAAUCCAACUCGAAAACUGGUUACACUGCUAGUUCGUUACAUAAGUUAUCUUCUAUAUGUAGGUAUAUGAUAAUUCGCAAGCCAUUAUAAUCGUUAAUUAAUGCAUGAUCACAAGUCAACGAUUCCGUCGAUCGAACAGAUGUUUGUGUACUUAAAAACCGCUCGAUAGGUUUAUUUAUUUCCUUUAGUUUUUUUAGGUAAUGUAUAUUUUGUUUUGUAUAAAUUCGAUUUACGUUUAAUGCUGUUUUAUGUAUUAAGUUAUUGAUUUUAUAGAUGAAUAAAGCUAUAAAUGUUCAAUGUUGUUCUUGUUUUAUAUUUGCUCCCAAACAUAGUUGAGAAACUUAUUGGUUUUAUCAUAAUUAUUUUUUUACUUAAAAUUUUAACCUGUCUUUUUACGCUGUUAUAAUAUAUUUUUCAAUUAGAUUUUUUUUUUCAACCUAUUUUUUUCUUUUAACGGCUAAUGAUUUACUACUUUCAAAAACAGGAAAUUUGAGAAAAAAAAUGUUAACGAAUAUAUCACGAGGUAGACUUCAACUAAAACAUAGGAAAUCGGAUUUAUUGGAAUCGAAAUUAAAUAAUUAGCGAACAGAAAUUAUAACUUACUUAAAGUAAAUUUACUAUUUAAACAAACGAAGAGAAAAAAAGUAUAAUCAUAAAACGUGUUUUCGGCUAAAAAAAAUGUAAAAAUGGUAGAGUUUACCAAAAAUAACAGAACAAUACUGUAUCAUCAAUAUCGUAUACAUACUUACAUUAACAUUUACUCACGAGAAGAUUGAAAAAAUAGAAGAUUUUUUUUAUUUUCAUUCUAUAGGACAUCACCCAGUACUUUUAAAUGGAUAAUGAACUAAAGUUUGUAGACAGCAAAUAACAAAGAAAAAAAUGAAACAAUUAACAAGUUAAUUAAACCGAGUACCAGAUUUCGAUUAUUUUGUAGAAGUUUAAAGAAUAUCAAACUUUAGAACCAUCAUCUAGUAGAAGAACGUUAACGCAGAGAGACAAAGCAAAAAAAACCGUAGGCUAGCGACAACGAUAACAAAAACCUGUAAAUCACAAUAUUCGAAACUCUAGCAAAGAAACAUCUUAUGGAACCACAUUCAACACAAUUAGGAAAAAAAAGAGCAAACAAAAUCGACGACACGCAAAAACCAUAAACGCGUUAGAAGUUUGUACAAAUCUUAGGUGGAAAUUUCUUUUAAAGUUUGGCUCUACCAAUUUGAACAAUUAACAAAAUACUCACGAUCCGUACUCGUAAACACAAAUAAGGAUUAUAACUACAUUGUGAUAAAUGUUGAAUCGUAUUGUAUUAAACUUUGGAAUGAAAAUAAUGCAAGGGGAAGUGAAAUUUAAAACAAAAAAACAGAUCAUGUUUCGGUUCGAAGGAUUUUUAGAACAACACUUAUGGUGGAGGAAUAUGUUAUUUGAUUGGAAUCAUCCCCGUUAGACAGUGCUUAAAAACAUAUUCUUUGAAAUCGUUAAAAGGACACAUCAUUCCUAGUGAAAAUUCCUUCUACAUCUACCCACAUCUACCAAUAUCCUUUUAGAAUCAAACAAAACGUGAAUCGAAAGGCAAGCCAUGUACCCUUAUUUUAAGAAACAAGAAGAAAACUAAAACUUGAACCCAUCAUAUAUGAAAAUAAAUCCAUAAAGUA